AUGGCCAGCAGCUUGCCCACGGACGAGCCAACUCCGGUCAACUUUCUGACCCGAUACAAGUCGGGGGAGUCAAGAGACUCAGCUGGGAAAGUCAUUGAUGUUACGUGCAUCGAGGUCGAGAAUCCCGGUGCUCUACGCAUUCUGCCGCUGGGUGAUGAUGCUCAGGUAAUUGGUAGACAAGCAACCAACUACGCAAGACCUCUAAACCCUCUGAAAGCGAGUCGCGAGCUAAUGCGAAAUUGGUUGCGCACCUGCGAGCAUGAUCAUCAAGCCUGCAAGAACGUCGAGUCGAGAAUUAGGAGUCGUGGCAAAGGUCCAAAGCGGCUCAUCAACGUCCGGACCAUGUGUGUCGAAGACGUACCAUCGUUAGUGGAAGCCCGGUAUUUUGCCCUGUCCUAUGUCUGGGGGAACGCGUCUCGGCGCCGGCCUGCGGGCGAGGAAACUAAAGUCAAAUGCGCCGGCAAGACCUUGGCAGCUCAUCGCGUAGUUCGCGAUGCCAUUGAACUCACUAGAGAAUUUGAUGAGACGUAUUUGUGGGUGGACAGCUUCUGCAUCCGUCAGGAUGAUGCUCAUGAACGCGCUUCCGAAAUUGCCCAAAUGAACAACGUUUAUGCCAGCGCAUUGAUGACCAUUGUGGCCCUUGCGUCCGACAAUGCUGACAGUGGUCUAGACGGUGUUCGACGCUACUCGGGCCGCCGAUGUUCUCGUGUUGAACAAGUUGAUGGCAUCAGACUGACGACGGUUCUGCCGAGCGCCAGUGAUAUCGCCGCGAUGCCUUCCUGUAAAUGGAAUCAGCGUGCGUGGACCAUGCAGGAGCAGCUCUUUUCCAGACGUAUCCUCUACAUGGGCGCCGGUCAGGCUUAUUUUAGCUGUCUCACGGCAGCGUGGAGUGAAGACAGGUAUGAAGCUACAGACGACCACCUGGGUCUCCGCGAGCACCCUGGCAAGUUCCUCCUCGAGCCGCCUGAUGACGCAGACUGGUGGAAUGUGUGGCAGGAUUAUACGGAGCAAUACUCGGCAAGGCUCUCCACGGAACAGGAGGACCGGUUUUACGCGUUCCAAGGGAUCCUCAACGAGCAAAAAGAACGCUGGGACGUCCACACAGUCUGUGCUCUUCCCGUCCGAUGUUUGCCCUUGGCACUAUAUUGGUUUCACGGGUCCGUCCUGUACGAGUCCCUGACUGCCGCGCGACAUCGCAUCAAUGCUUUUCCGAGCUGGUCCUGGAUCGGAUGGUCUGGCCGAGUCAACUUCCCAAACUACCGGCUUUACAGGUCUGCCCUCCGGCGUAUAACGAUCAGACAAGGGCCUGUGGCCACCACGUAUAUGUACAAUCGGCAAGGCCGGAGAGAACAGACCAGCAACUCUCAGGUACAGGUUGACGGCGCAACUGAAGCGCCCAACAACAAAGACGCCGCUGCUACUACUGAGUCGACCGACUCGACCAGCCCCGAAGCUCCAGAGAAAGCUAUAGACCAGAAGAAAUACGACGAGAAACCGGUGCUAGAGUUCGAAACCUCGCUCGCCACCGUCAUCGCAGUCGUGCCUCGAAGCAAUAGGAGCAACCUCAGGAUCACAACGCCAGGCGGACAACGGAUCGGGACGCUGCACUCGGCGGCGUUCGUGUCGAGCUUUGACCUAGCGACGGGCGAGAUCGAGCUUGCCUGCACAUGUAUGCUAGUUGGGACAAGCCACCGACCCUUUUUCUGGCAAGUGAGUGACGAUCCUGUUUCCACGGGCGCGGCCGCGACGACUACUGCACGGCUGUUAAACGCGCGCAACUUCUUCUUCGAUGGACCCGGUUCUACGCCGUCGCGCAAGAUGGCCGGUGUUCUAGACACUACACAGCUGCAAACCAUCGGACCUCUGAUCCCGCAGGAACACGGCCGCCUAUGGCACGCGGCGGGGGCUGUGGCGUUCAUGCCAGUCGGGCUGGUGGUGCUGGCCAUCGUGGCCGCGUACUACGCGCUGAUCUUUGUAUGCGUGGUCGGCAUGUGGCCGCUGAUCCUGCUGCUGGCCCUGGCGCUCGUCCACCCGGUCAUGUACGCGCUAGGCUUCGACCGGGUCGCGCAUGUCAUCUGGAUCGAGCACGUCGGCCGCGGCCUCUACGAGCGUCGCGGCGUAGGCGAGGUGCGGUACAGGCCGUUCAUGCGGCUGAACCCCGAAGUCACGACGGUCAAGUUGGUCUAG